CCUGAGACCUGCGAUCACGGAAAAGAGGUGUGGUGCGUAAAUAGACAGAAAACGAAAAUUGGCUCGCUCGAACGGUCGGACGAAAAGCAAUUUCGAAUGCUCGGCCGAUCAACUUCCACGCGUGGUGCCGAGGCAGUUAUGAAGGAGAUUUCUGAGAUGUAAAUUUUUACGCCGAGCUUGAAGAAAAAAUUCAACCAUGGAAGCUGAAGACGGAAACGAAUUCCAGGACAACUACGGAGAGUUGAAUCUCAGCAAUCAAGGCCUUAAGAAAAUAUCAAAAGAUCUGUUUAAGAAUCCAGAAAUUACGAGUUUGAUCCUCGACGGCAACAGUUUCCAACGAAUCGAGAACCUCGACCACCUAACCCAGCUCAUUUGCCUCUCAGCUGUAAAUAACAAGCUUGUCCGAAUGUACGGCGUGUCCCGACUAACCAAUCUAACGCGGCUUAACCUUUCCAAAAACGGCAUCGUAACAAUCGAAGGCUUGAGAAACCUGACUAACCUUCACUGGCUCUCACUUGCGGGGAACAACAUCAAGCAACUGGAAUCUAUCCACACCAACGUUGCUCUCGAAUUCAUCGAUGUCUCGGAAAAUUUACUCAAGGGGGUGUCCGACUUGAGUCCAUUGAAAAAUCUGCAGGUUUUGAAAAUGCACGACAACCAACUGACCACCCUGAAGUUUGGUUCGUGUCACUUGCCGAACUCCCUGAAGGUCCUCACCCUGGCCAACAACUUAAUUGCUGAUCUCAAUGAAAUUUCCUACUUGAGCAAUUUGACCAGUUUGGAGUCCAUCACCAUUGCCAACAACCCCUGCGUUUCCAUGACUGGAAAAUCAAUAGGCUUCGAUCAUCGGCCGUUCCUAAUAAACUGGUGCAUGUCUCUUCGCACUAUUGACGACUACAUGGUUGGAGCCAAAGAAAGUUUAAAAGCCGAGUGGUUGUAUUCGCAAGGCAGAGGCAGGCAGUUCCACGUUGGAGAACAGGCGGCCCUUGUUGAAUAUCUUGCCUCCGUAUGUCCAUUGUCGGAUGAAAAGUUGAGCAGCCAGGACGAGCAGAAGCUCAUGCUGAUUUUGAGCAAGGCCCAGCAGCACCAGAGGCAGUUGUGGGAAGAGACCUCAGGCUCUGUUGCCCCAACCAGGGUCAGUUCGCCCCCUCGCAAACCAAAAUCGGCGUCUUCGAGUCCUGCCCUUUCACAGCACAGUCGUUUGCGAAACUCGUCUCCACGCCAACGCAGUCCUGCUUCCUGGGAGCGGCAUAAUUUCAGCGGAACUAACUCGCCACUUAUGAGCUCCUCUUACACUGUUGAGUUGCCUGUAACCCUUUAUGCUCCUACAAACGACAUAAUGACGGCCAGUGCUGACGCCGUCAUUCUUAAUACAAACAACAAAGAGAGUCUCAUGUCCCGCAGUUUGGAUCCGAACAUGUUUGGCGAUUCAGGAGAGGCAGUGAGACCAAACCAACUUUGCGAGUCAAACAGUCCUUUGAAAGCAGCUUCAAAAUUAGUACCUGUUCCUGAAACCAUAAUGAGUCCCGACUAUAGGCCCGCCACUGCCCGCCACUUACCUGGCAGCCCAUUACACCAGAAACCAAAAGUAAACGGGGCCAAAAUGAACGAACUCAAGACUUCGAGCAGCACAAAAUCUGUUCCGGCAACUCUAAAUUCUGCUAAUCACUCUCCAGGCGCGUCUAGGCUCAGCAGACCCACAGCUAACAGCAAAAGCAGCAAAGCGAGCGAAAUUCCAAGCGCACAGAAACUUCCACACAACAGGAAAACUACUUACUCAAGCAAAACUGAAUCGACUCGAACAGCGCCUUUCAAAUUGGGACCCAAAGCAAAACGGGAGCAACAGAGAAUUGACAGCAGCGACGAAGAUUCAGAAAUGUCCAUUUCUAAACUGGAGACUAUUCAGAACCUUGCCUCUGCAAGAAAGCACAAAGAGAAUGCUAGAUGCACUGCCCUCAAAGAAAACCAAAUUGACGCUAAAGCAAAACAAAACAAAGCUGCCACAACAAUUCAGAAGAUCUGGCGCGGUUACCGUGUCCGCAAUUUGUGCUCCAAAGUGAAAAGUGUGAAGAAGGAAAUCCAAGCGAGCCGGCAAGACGACCACGUCCGUAUGUUGUCAAAAGAACUCAACAGUGCUAAAGCUGCCUUGCAAGUUGAACGGCGCCUGCGGCUCUUGCAAAUGGAAGCCAUAAAAUCGCUGUGGAAAGAGGUCCAAGGCUUGCAGUCGCCCAGAACGCCUCAAACGCCAAUGCGGAAUUUCAGCGUCAAACCCAACGAAUCCAGCGCCGUGGCUGACCUGACCAAAACUUGUGCCCAACUUCAAGAACAGGUCCAGCAACUCCAAACUUCUUUGGAGAGUGUUGUCCAGUGCAUGACGACACUUUGUGCUGCCAACACUUCGGGAUUUGUACAUGUCGAGGAGAGCAUGAGUGUCUUGCAAUGCCAUUCCCUGCCUCCUCAGAUCUCACAAGCGCCUCAAAACCCACCGUCACCCAUUCCAAGCAUCCCAGUUCAAGUGAUCAAGUCAGCCUCGCCGGAACCUGCUGAAGAGGCAGAGGAAAAACCGUCUCCGAAGCCAGACCAACACUUGCUUGACAUUCGCCACGCGAAGAGCAAACAGCGGCCGUCGUACCUUCCCAUUUUCAACUCGACCUCUGCCCCUUUGGAGCCACUGUCGGUGGAGCCUGUCAAGCAGUUUGCCGGCUCAUUCGUGGAGUCGUUGAUCAACACUGCUGUCCUCAAAGCAAAAUUGUCGCUGAACAAACGCCUCGAGGCGUCGUCAAAUCCAGAAUGAUCUUAUGUACAGAAUAUUGAUCUGACGUAUUAUUUUAAAGUAAUUUUGCACUUUGAGAUAAAUGAAAAACUCGCGAGUUGUGAUCGUGGCUUCAGCAAACUAUUUAUGCAUCCAGCUAGUUGUUGAAUUUGUGUUUUCCAGGGAACUAUUGGCCCUUGUUGCUUUAAAAAUAAGUAAUUAGAUGCAUAUUGGCAGAGAUAAUUUAAAUAAAUAAAUUUGGGAGCUCUCGUCGUAGCUGUGCGUGCCAAAGUUAGCCGUCGAGCUCUCAGUUACAAGUUUUUAAAUUUAGAGAUAAUAAGAUUUUUAAGUAAACUGGCUGGCCAAAGUUCCUCUUAGCUUGUUAUAGUUAAGAGUGUAUUAUUAAAAACAACCCAUGUAGUUUUUGACGUAGACACAAAUUGUCAGGGAAAACCAGCAAGUGUCUGUAUGUUGAGAUUUGGCCGUUAGUUGCGGAAGUCGGGCUCUAUUCCAGGAUGGUUAUGUAAAGUGUACCUUUGUGGAGCACCUAGUUGUGAUUUAUUGCAUUUUUAGAAAUUCAUAGGUAGUUUUGUUUGUAGUCAAACGCGAGAUUCUUUUAAGCUUAAAGUAGAACUCAAAUUGUUUGUCACAAAAUGGCACAGACUUAUUGUUAGACAUUGAAUGUCACAGUUAAUGUCAUAAUUAUUGUGAUCAGACGCAAGCCAUUUUUAUGUUCCUGUUUGCCAUGACAGCCACGCUAUGAUGCAAAUAAUAAACAAAUUUAAAAGCAAAA